UACCUCACGAGUUUCCUCGGGUUCCCUUUCUCUUUCUUCUUUCUCUCUCUAGUUUGCCCUUUUUUUUCUUUAUUAAAAACUCAACCCUUUAUUCUUCUUCUUCUCCUCCCAUUAAAACCGCGUUUACUCCUCUUUCUUCUUUCCAAUUUUUCAACCCUUUUUUCAAUUUCUCAUACAACUUUUCUAAGAUGACCUCAUAAAUUCAAUCAAUCAAACCCUAAAAAGAUUACCAAAUUAAAGCCAAAAAUUCUUGGAUUCCCUCCCCUUUUUAACCCCUUAUAUAAGAUUAAAUAAAAUUCCCAUUAAUUAAUCCACAAUUUCAUCUUAAUCUACUAAUGGGUUUUUCAUCAGAAAACAAUGGCGGAGGAAAUAAUUUCAGUGACUGGGUUGUUCCUUUAAGAACUCCUCUUAAACCCAUUUACACCGGAUCAUCAGUAUCAGACGAUGAGCGUGAAACGUCUUCGUCUUCGACCCCCAAAACACCCACCUCAGAAGGUUCUAGAAUCCCCAAGAAGCUUCCAUGCCCGCCGCCUCCUCGAAAACGGAAACCAUCCUCCGCAGUUAACAAAAUGAGGUGCAAGAACAGCAAUAGUAGUAGCAAGCUGUAUAACGGUAAACGGGAGUUCUUUAUUACUCCUCCUGAUUUGGAAACCGUUUUCAUUCGCCGCCAUAAUGUUGGCUGUUAAUCUAAAGAAAACUUAAAUCAGGUUCAUUAAUUAUAUAUUUAUAUAGAAUUAAGUAUAUAUCAUAUUGUUAUUAUUAUUGUUUAGUCUAAUUUUAGUAUUUUUAAUAUUUAAUAGUGUUGAUGUAAUGAAUUAUGAUAGAUAUUUUACUUAAGUAUUGGUGGUGUAAUAGAGGAUAAAUUAAGCUCUUAAAAUGUGUUAUCUACUUGUUGUAGUUGUUGUAAGGAGUUUUAAUUUUAUGUAGUAUUAUAAUGACAUUUUAGAUAACUAUUAAUGUUAUGAUAUUACAUGUUUUGAUUUCUAUUUAAUGCUUACUUUAUAUCAUUGGCAUUAAAAUUUGAUCUACAUUUUGAUCAAAUUAUAACAAAUAAAUUAAAACGAAACAAUUUUAGUCUUGAGUAGUUUGACUGCUUAACUUGUUGUGCAAUCUAUAAUUUAUUACAAAUUUUUGUGAAAGAUGGUCUCUUUUUUUGAGAGAUCGCCUUUA